GAAACUACAUAAAGACAAGUGUCUACAUAUAUCUUUAAUUCUUUUUACAUACACGCACAUAUAUUGUGAUACACAUAAUUAAUUAUGGUGAAGUUUGAUGCGAAACUAUGGAAAGCUGUGUUUGUGAUGUCUAUUAUCAACAUUGCGCUAAGCGUUGUAAAUGUUAUGUUCAAGAAGAUGCUUGAUCAAGGAAUUAACCGUAUGGUUGCGACCACUUACCGACUUGCCGCGGGAACUCUGUUCUUGAUACCAUUUGCGAUUUUCUUGGAAAGACAUAACAGACCAAAACUCACGGGUAGGAUCUUGUGCUCACUUUUCUUUAGCGCUCUUCUGGGGACAAGUUUGGUGCAAUACUUCUUUCUUGUUGGACUAAAAAAUACUUCUUCCUCUUUCGCCUUAGCGUUUAGCAACAUGGUUCCUUCAGUCACUUUUGCUUUGGCUCUUGUUUUUAGACAAGAGACGUUGAACGUCAAGAGCAACAUAGGAAGAGCCAAAGUGUUGGGCACAGUGAUUUGCAUUUGUGGAGCUUUGGUGCUUACGCUUUAUAAAGGACCCGCAUUAACUCAACUAAACGCUCAAAUGCAAACACAAACGUCAAACACUUCAACCACUGCAGUAACGACAAAAUGGGCAAUGGGUUCGGUCAUGCUGAUCAUAUCAAUCUUAAUAUGGUCAUUAUGGUUCAUCGUUCAAGGAAAAAUAUGCCAAAGUUAUCCGUGCAAAUACACGAGCACCACGAUCCUCUCUUUUUUUGGUGUGAUCCAAUCCGCUUUGUUGAGUUUGAUCUCGGAGAGAAACAUAUCCAUGUGGGUCCUUCAAGGGAGAUUCCAAGUUUUAUCUCUACUUUAUUCGGGUAUCGUGGGAUCGGGAUUGUGCUACGUUGGAGUGUCGUGGUGUCUCCAGCAAAGAGGUCCAGUUUUCACGUCGAGUUUUAUCCCUUUGAUUCAAGUCUUUGCUGCCUUUUUCAGCUUCUCUUUUCUUCAUGAGCAAAUUUACUGCGGAAGUGUGAUGGGAUCAACGGUCAUCGUCGUGGGACUAUAUAUACUCUUAUGGGGGAAAAGUAAGGAUAAGCCUGCACCAAUAACCAAACAAGAACCACUAAAUCUCGAUCUUGAAGGUUGUGGCACAGCUCCAAAGGAACUUAAUGGUGCUGCCCAUCCAGUUUCUGAAAAAUAGUUGCUUCAAAAUAUAUAUUAUUGUUUUGCAUAUGGUCAAUGAACGCUAAGACUAAGUUAAGUCUCGUAGAACAAUCACAUUACUGUUACAAAGACAUAAAUAUGAAGUUCAGAUU